AGAUCAGUGGGCACAGUGGGCCCUGGCAGUUACCUUCACUUGGUCUCUCGGUGUUUCUGGGAAUCACUACAUGUCUACUUUGAAUCCCAUUUCUGGCACCUGGAGCAGCCUGAUGUUUCUGCUGACAUCUCCUCAAUCAGAACAAUCACAAAAGGCCUCAUUUGGCUCCAACAAGCCUGAGAAAUGUAGUUUUUAUUCUGGAAGGCCAUGAGUACUAAAGUUAGGAAGGGAUGUGAAGAGACAAUCUGUCUUCACACUGGCAUCUGUGUUUGGCUAUUCAUUGCUAAUAUUUUCCUAUAACAUCCGAGAGAGGGAAGGUCUCUCCUAGUGUCUCAGAUAGAAAGUUCCAGAUCUUUAAUCAAAGCAGCUGUAGAGGAGAUAGAAACAAAGCAAAACUCAGACUGAUGGUUAUGUGAAGGGGAAAAAGGUGUCAAGAAAGGUGAACGUUUGGCUUUGAAGUGGCAAUGAUUUUCUAGGGCAUACUAUAUGAUGAAAUUGCAAAGGAGAAUAAAAAUUCUCAUUUUAAGUAUAUUACUAAUAUUAAAUGGGGAUGCAUUUGGAAAGAGAGUGUGUACUGGAAAACAUAAAAUGUGGAGGUAUCUGGACCCUUGGGCUUCUGCAGCAUGUGUAGGCUCUGCUGGAGUGGAAGGACACCCAGCCAAGGCAUAGUGACCUGGAGGUGACUCUUGGCUCUGUCACCUGCAAGUCACCUGGCUUUGCUGUGCCACAGUUUCAGCAUCUAAAAAUCUUGGUGAUCACUUCAGUGGCACCCAGGGUCUCUCGCACAUCUGAAUUCUGUGAAUCCUUAAGUUCUAGAUGUCUAGUAGGUUUCAGGUCAGUGAGGAAACCCUUAGCACCUUAGUCACCAGCAGGGUGAAAGGUGCCAUCAGGGUGAAGAAGCCAUUUUAGGCCUUCAGUGGGGGGACACUUGUCGAUUGUGUAGCUACACUCAGGAUCUGUUGUCUGUUUUCUCUCUGAUAGGGUUUGGAUCUAUGUCCCCACUAAAUCUCAUACUGAAUUGUGAUCUCCAGUGUUGGAAGUGGGGCCUGCUGGGAGGUGAUGGGGGAUCAUGGGGGUGGAGUUCUCAUGAAUGGUUUAGCACCAUCCCCUCUUCAUACUCUCUCUUGCUCCAGCUCUAGCUAUGUGAUGUGCCUGCUCUCCCUUCCCCCUCCACCAUGAUUCUAAGUUUCCUGAGGCCUCCCCAGAAGCUCAGCAGAUGCCAGCCAUGCUUCCUGUACAGCCUGCAGAUCCAUGAGCCAAUUAAACCUCUUUUCUUUAUAAAUUACCCAGUCUCACGUAUUUCUUUAUAAUAAUACGGGGCUGGACUAAUACACCCUCCUUGUUCCUGUGAAUUUUACGAAUUACCACAAAUAUACCUAAAGGGGACUCCGUGGUUGGAACAAGCAAUUUUAACAUGCAUGUUGGGGCGCUAAAACAAAGUACUGGUGCUCCUUGACCUACCGUGGGAUUAUAGCCUGAGAAACCCAUCCUAAGUUGAAAAUAUUGUAGGUUGAAAAUACGUUUAAUCCACCUAGUCUACUGAACAUCAAAGCAUAAUCUAGCCAACCUUAAACAUGCUCAUAACACUUACGUCAGCCUAUGGUUGUGUAGAAUCAACUGGCAUCACAGUUCACUGCAGAGUACCGGCUGCCCACCCUCGUGAUCGUGGGGCUGACUGGGAGCUGAGGCUCCUGGCUGCUGCCCAGCUUCACAAGAGAGUACCCCACCACAUGUCGCUAGCCCAGAAAAAGAUCAAAAUUUAAAAUCUGACGCGCAGUUUUUGCUGAAAGUGUAUUGCUUUUGCACCCCUGUAAAGUCAAACAGUUGUGAAGUUGAGCCAUCCUAAGUUGGGGACUGUCUGUAAUGGUAAAUUUUUCCUGUUGGUAAUAGCUAAUUCAUCUGUUAUAGCACUAAAUCAGUUCAUCAUCCUCUACAAUUGAGAGGCAGGUCUCAGGGAUAUAUUCAGUUCUGUGGUAACCAGCAACUAAGAUCAACAACAGUUAUGUUCAGGUAUUCAAGAAAUAGUAAGCUAGAAGCUUAGGAGAAAGAAAAGGUAAAAUUCAUGGGAUAGAAUGAUCAGAGCUGAAAGUUAGAUAAGAGAAUUAAACUUCUGUGUUGAUUAGGUGUUUUUUUUGUUUUUUUUUUUGUUGUUGUUUUUUCGAGACAGGGUCUCACUCUGUCGCCUAGACUGGAGUGCAGUGGUGUGAUCUAGGCUUGCAGCAACCUCCGCCUCCCAGGCUCAAGUGAUUCUUCUGCCUCAGCCUCCCGAGUAGCUGGGAUUACAGGCACGCGCCACCACGCCCGGCUAAUUUUUGUAUUUUUAGUAGAGACAGGGUUUCACUAUAUUGGCCAGGCUGGUCUCGAACUCCUAACCUCAGGUGAUCUGCCUGCCUCGGCCUCCCGAAGUGCUAGGAUUACAGGUGUGAGCCACCGCCCCCAGCCGAUAAGGUUUUGUGCAAGUGCCAAAAUAUUAUCAUUGAUAAUAUUUUCAGCAUUUCAACUUUUCAGUUAUUUAAAAACCUGGAAUUUCUAAUAGUGUAGCACAUUGCUCUGCCUCCGAGAGGCUCCCGCACACCCCGACCUUCAGAGCUCAGCCUAUGACUGUUUUCUUUCAAGUGCCUGGUAUUUCAGUUGUGUGUCUGAGUAACCACACCUAGUUCAUCUUAGACUUUGAAGUGUCUAAAAUGUUUGGUCUUGCGUAAAAUAUGAAAUUCUUUAAGGAAUUGUUAAUUGUGAGAUGCAUACAUCACAAAAUAACUAACACUAUCCAAAAGAAAGCAGAUGUUAUUUGUUUUGACAUUUCUUUAAUGUAGUAGAAAGUCACUUUGAAACAUACAAAUGGUAAAAUAUAUAUUAAAUAUAGAUAACAUGCUAGGAUUAGCUAUAACAACAGAAUACACAGGUUUUUAGUUUUUUAUUUUUAAAAUUUAUUUUAUUAUUAGAGUUUUAAAGAAACAGGGUCUUGCUCUGUCACCCAGGCUGGAGUGCAGUGGCACGAUCUUGGCUCACUGCAGCCUCCACCUCUGGGGCUCAAGCAAUUCUCUCACUCCAGCCUCCCAAGUUUCUGGGACCAAAGGAGCAUCCCAUCAGGCCUGGCUAAUUUUAUUUUUGGUAGAGAUGGGGUCUCACUGUGUUGCCCAGGCUGGUCUUGAACUCCUGGGCUCAAAUGAUCCUCCUACCUCAGCUUCCCACAGUGCUAGGAUUACAGGCGUGAGCCACAGCACCUGGCAGCACAUUUCGAAAAGAAUAUUGCUUCUUAAUAAUCAGAUCUUGCUUUCUGCCAUCCCUAAUAUUCCUAGUCAAGAAAAAAAAUGGCUUCAACUUUUUGUCCAAAGCUUUCAGGAUAUAUUCCUAAAGAAAUCUCAGUAAUAUUUCUUCUGGCCUUUUUGAGAGCAAGAUUUGAAGGGAUUUUUAUCGUACUCUUUUAAAAAAGCAAAUGAGGGAUAGCUCUCUUUAGUGACAAGCCAAGCUAUGAAAACAUCCAGACCCACAAUCCUUCCUGUGCCAGUGUCAGGCUGCCCCUAAGGACAGGGAAGUCCUGGGGAGAAAGCAUUUUGCCCAGAUGAACACAUGAACUCAACAUUCGUGUGCAUGCUUCCGGUGAAUUGAGAAAUCUAGAUGACCCAAAAAGAUUUUCUUGCAAAACAAUAUCCCUCAAAACCCCGUUGCGUAAUGGCUUUUGUUUUAAACUUUUUUGAGUAAGGGAUCUUUUUGCUGAGUGGCUAGGCGUUCUCCAAACAAACUCCCCAACCCGCACAGGUACAGCCUGUUUUGCUGUCUGCUCUCCAACUCCCUCCUGUGACUCGAAGGAGGAGAUUUGAUAGCCCAGGGUGAAGUUUCAACCUCCUGUGGCCACUCCACCCUUAGGUGGGUGCCUAGUCAUGCCAGAAAAAAAAAAAAAAAAAGCUGGGGGAAGAGAAAGGGCAGGCGGGCCUAGGUGAAGUCAUCCAAUGAAGGUUACUGGCUGAGCAGGGACACCUUCUCACAGGACUGGAGAGAGAAUGCGGGGCAGCUGGGCAAGGCUCACUUCCAGCCGCCUGUCAUGGUACUGGGAGUAAGAGGUGACCUAUUUAUUUUUAGAAGGGGGCAGUGAUAAUAACCCAGCUCCUAGCUUCAUUCAAGGCAGGCAGGCGCUUUGGAAGUUUGUAAACACCAACUUUCUGAGUAAGGGAGGAACACUUUUUUUCCAGAAAGGAAAGAACGUCUCUGCUGGGUUUUUUUCCUCCUGAUAUUCAGCAUUAGAGUAGAAAAGAAACUAUUGUUUGGCCACAUUAGCUGCGGUUAGCAGGUGCUGCAGCCUUCGCCACUGUUAUUAUUUUUAAAGGGCAGAAAUGCCUGAAGGUGAAGACUUUGGACCAGGCAAAAGCUGGGAAGUUAUCAAUUCCAAACCAGAUGAAAGACCCAGGCUCAGCCACUGUAUUGCAGAAUCAUGGAUGAAUUUCAGCAUAUUUCUUCAAGAAAUGUCUCUUUUUAAACAGCAGAGCCCUGGCAAGUUUUGUCUCCUGGUCUGUAGUGUGUGCACAUUUUUUACGAUCUUGGGAAGUUACAUUCCUGGGGUUAUACUCAGCUAUCUACUGUUACUGUGUGCAUUUUUGUGUCCAUUGUUUAAAUGUAAUGAUAUUGGACAAAAAAUAUACAGCAAAAUUAAGUCAGUUCUGCUGAAACUGGAUUUUGGAAUUGGAGAAUAUAUUAAUCAGAAGAAACGUGAGAGAUCUGAAGCAGAUAAAGAAAAAAGUCACAAAGAUGACAGUGAAUUAGACUUUUCAGCUCUUUGUCCUAAGAUUAGCCUCACGGUUGCUGCCAAAGAGUUAUCUGUGUCUGACACAGACGUCUCAGAGGUAUCCUGGACUGAUAAUGGGACCUUCAACCUUUCGGAAGGAUACACUCCUCAGACAGACACUUCUGAUGAUCUUGACCGACCUAGUGAGGAAGUUUUCUCUAGAGAUCUUUCAGAUUUUCCAUCUCUAGAAAAUGGCAUGGGAACAAAUGACGAAGAUGAAGUAAGUCUUGGUUUGCCCACUGAGCUCAAGAGAAAGAAGGAAUGGUUGGACAGUAGUCACAGACCAAGCAAAGAGACGCAAUCAGCAGCUGGUCUCACCCUUCCUCUGAACAGUGACCAAACCUUUCACUUGAUGAGCAACCUGGCUGGGGAUGUCAUCACAGCUGCAGUGACUGCAGCUAUCAAAGACCAGUUAGAGGGUGUGCAGCAAGCACUUUCUCAGGCUGCCCCCACCCCAGAAGAGGACACAGACACUGAAGAAGGUGAUGACUUUGAACUACUUGACCAGUCAGAGCUGGAUCAAAUUGAGAGUGAAUUGGGACUUACACAAGACCAGGAAGCAGAAGCACAGCAGAAUAAGAAGUCUUCGGGUUUCCUUUCAAAUCUACUUGGAGGCCAUUAAUCUAGGAAUUAGCUUGCAACAGAGCACAAAAAACACCAAAAAAAUUUCAAACAAGAAAAAAAAAAAGGGAAAAAAAAUUUGAACUGUAAGCUUUAAUGAUUACUUUAGAUUUGUUUUAUUUUCCCUCCUGCAGUGAAUUAAUUGUAUAUAUAACAGCUGACACUGAUAGAUUGGUAUUUCUGAUCGUUAUUUUUGUGUAACAAGCAUGGAAAUGAACUUUAUACACACCACUGUGUUGUCAGAGAUAAAUAUUAGCGGUUGUUUUUAAAGCAAAAAAAAACCAAAAACCAAACUAUUAAAAUCCUCCUAUAUUCUUUUUCUUUACAGUUUUUCAAGCAUGCAAAACAUUUAUUGUAACUUAUUGAAAAAUAUUAACAAUUAAUUGUGAAAACAUGCUGUUAUCAGCUUCCUUAUUCCUAAUACCUGGAAAUUUUUUUUUUCAACUGAUAGAUUUUGAUGUAAAAAAGACCGAAAUUAUCAAGGUAUCUUAGUUGAAGGACUUGGGAAAUACUAUCAAAAUUAAUUUCUUAGGAAAAGUUUAAAAGUAUAUUUAAGUACUCUGGAUAGACUGAAACAUUUCCAUGUUAUUUCUGCAGUUGUAGACUUAGGCUUAUUUGUAAAGCAGCAUGCUCCAUUGACUGCCAUCUCUAGUCUUGCACUGGGUGGUAUUAACCCAUAGAAAGCAAGCAGUUGUGUAUCACAUAGACAAUGGUUAUGACGUAAACAGAUUCAGUUGUUUUGUUGUUCAUUCGUCAUAUGUUUGUGAUAGGGAUGUUGGGAGCACAGCUCUAUUCUGCCUGCUCAGACUGAAGUUCGACCCUUAUCUUUUAUAUUAUGUCAUGAAAAAGGUCUCCUAAAAUUGUGAAACUAGUUCUUGAUAUGAGUGAUGUGAUUAUCAGCAAUAAAGAUAUAAUAACUCUGUUUUCUUAGUCUGUAUAGAGGAGAGGAACUUGCUUGGCUUUAAAAUAUAUUUAUUUGCCACUUAAGUAUAAAUAUGAAAUCUGUUUCUUAUUGGGAAGAUAGAAUAUAUAUAUUUUCCUUUAAACUUUUUAAGAUCACUUUUAAAUAACCAAAUUUGAUUUAUGGUUUUUAACAAAGGACUAAAGAGCUGAAACCAAGCUAGUUUUGUUUUUGUGAUAUAAACUUUUAAGUGUCGAGGGACCAUGCCAGCAACUACCAAAAAUCUUAAAUCUUCAGGUACAGCUGGCAUUUUGGCAGAUGCAUGGAGACAUCUGAGACCCUCAGAAAGGAAGGAUAAUCCAAGAAUAUAGGAAAUCUGUGUUCUCUUCCUUUCAUUUUAUCCCUUAUAUUAUUUCUAAAGACUAAUUAUAAGUAAUCUGACAUUUUAAUGUAGCUACUCUUACUUAUUUUUUCUUUCUGAGGUAUUAAAAUAUCUGGACUGAGUUUUGCCAAAUGUUAAAGGGAGAAGAAUUACUGAAGACUUUGAACACUUGCUUUUUGUGAUUGCUUAUGUUAUUAGUGCCUCAUGACUGUGUUUGAUGUCCUUUAUUGAUACAAAGUGAGCCUGUGCCUUCAUUAUCUUGCCAAUUUUAAUACAAAUGGAAACCUGGUGUUUGAAAAUCUCUGAACUGUGUGGGUUUUGGAGGAAUAUACCUGAAUUUUAUUCAAUAACAGUUUCUGGACAGGAAGAAAAAUACAGUUACAUAUUUAUAAAA